GUGUUCUUCACAAGUCAAGGUGUGUAUAUCAUAAUCAUAGGAAAAAAAAAGAUUGCUACCAUAUCAAGAGAGAAAGAUCAACUCGUGCUUUCUCACUCUUCACUCCUCACUCCUGUUAUGCUCUGAUUCUGUGUGUCUGCAAUUGCUUCAUUUAUCUGGGUAUUUGGGCCUAAAUAGCAAAGUCAAUAUAUCUAAGAAAAAAGAUGAUCACCAACCGUCUCCUUCUAUCCACUCUCAGAAGCUUCACCCAGACUGGUACAUACAUAAAACAUGUUGCAGCUUGUAGAAGUUCGCAGGAACAUUUGAUUUGGUCUCCCUCACUGGCCAGAUGGAAUAGUACAGAUACAGCAACUGAGUUAGAUUUUAAAGGGUAUAAAGGGCAUGAUAUGUUGGCACCUUUCACCGCUGGGUGGCAGACUACUGAUUUGCAUCCUUUAGUCAUAGAUAAAUCUGAGGGUUGCUAUGUUUAUGACAGCAAUGGUAACAAGUAUCUUGAUGCUCUUGCUGGUUUAUGGUGCACUGCAUUAGGGGGAAAUGAACCUCGUCUUGUCAAAGCUGCAACUGAACAACUGAAUACCUUGCCAUUUUACCACUCCUUUUGGAAUCGUACUACACGACCUUCUUUGGAUCUUGCAAAGGAACUUCUACAAACAUUUACAGCAUCUAAAAUGGCAAAAGCCUUCUUUACAAAUAGUGGGUCAGAAGCCAAUGAUACUCAGGUGAAGUUGGUUUGGUAUUACAACAAUGCACUUGGAAGACCAAAUAAGAAGAAAUUUAUUGCUCGAGAAAAAUCAUACCAUGGAUCAACUCUUAUAGCAGCCAGUCUUUCUGGCCUUCCAGCUCUACAUCAAAAAUUUGAUCUGCCAGCUCCAUUUGUAUUGCAUACUGACUGCCCUCACUACUGGCGCUAUCAUCUUCCUGGUGAGACGGAAGAGGAGUUCUCUACCAGGUUAGCCAAUAAUUUGGAGAAUCUUAUCCUCAAAGAGGGUCCUGAGACGAUUGCUGCAUUCAUUGCGGAACCAGUCAUGGGAGCAGGUGGUGUGAUACCUCCUCCUGCCACUUAUUUUGACAAAAUUCAAGUGGUAGUGAAAAAAUAUGACAUUCUUUUUGUUGCAGAUGAGGUAAUCUGUGCAUUUGGAAGGCUUGGAACAACAUAUGGUUGUGAUAAGUACAACAUCAAACCAGACCUUGUUACCAUUGCAAAGGCUCUUUCUUCUGGAUAUAUGCCGAUUGGAGCUGUUCUUGUGAGCCCUGAAAUUUCGGAUGUUAUAUAUUCUCAAAGCAACAAACUUGGUUCUUUCUCUCAUGGAUUUACUUACUCUGGUCACCCUGUAUCAUGUGCUGUUGCUCUGGAAGCACUCAAGAUCUACAAGGAACGAAAUAUUGUUGAACGUGUGAAGAGCAUUUCCCCAAGGUUUCAAGAUGGUAUAAAAGCAUUUUCCGACAGUCCCAUCAUUGGAGAGAUUCGGGGAACUGGCUUGAUUCUUGGGACUGAGUUUACAGAUUCAAAAUCACCAAAUGAUCCAUUCCCUCCUGAAUGGGGGAUAGGUGCGUAUUUUGGAGCAGAGUGCCAGAAGCUUGGAAUGUUGGUUCGUGUUGCUGGUGAUAAUAUAAUGAUGUCUCCUCCGUUUAUAAUGACCCUUGACGAAGUUGAUGAGUUAAUAAGCAAAUAUGGGAAAGCAUUAAAGGCUACUGAAGAAAGAGUGAAGGAACUCAAGUCUCAGCAGAAGUAACUCUUCUAGUCCCUAGUCUCUCAGCAGGAGGAGGAGCAGUUGACGAAGAAAGUGGGUGAUAAUGGAAAGUGGGUGAUAAUGGCGAUAAUUUCAAUGGCUCAUGUAAAGAGAGAGAUCAAAUAAAAUUGUGGUUUUUUUUUAUUUUAUUUUUUUCACCAAAUAAAAUCGUUCUGCUGUUGACAUUAGAAUCACUUUCAGUUUUAGUGUUUGUUUCUCAGGUGUUGUUUGAUAAGACUGAAAAUUAAGGACUGAAAAUUUCAAAUACUUAAGCGUUGAAACUUUAAGCACAUUUUAAUUUUAAGUGCUUAUAUACAAAAGCUGAAA